GCAGAAGCAAUAUCUAGCAAUCACCACCCAAGCGCACACGAGAGAAUCUUUCACUAGUGCGCGCUCAAUCCAUGGCUUCCAGCGCCAGCAUGUUCGCCAUGAUCAUGGCGUGCGCGCUCCUCCUCGCCUGCAGCACGUGCCACGCCGCCCGCAACCUGGCUGACACGACCCCGGCGGCUGCCGCUCCGGCUGCUAGCGCCGUCCCUGGCCUGCCGGCGGUGCCGGCCUUGCCUGCCGUGCCCACGGACACGGUCACCCUGAUGCCACCCAUGCCGUCGGUCACAGUGCCCACCGUGCCGCAGGUGACGCUGCCGCCCAUGCCUGCCAUCGUCGUGCCCAAGGCGGUCCUGCCGCCCAUGCCCAAGGUCACCCUCCCCACGGUGCCACAGGUGACGAUGGCGCCGAUGCCGGCCAUUGUCGUGCCCAAGGUGACGCUGCCGCCGUUGCCAUUCGUCCCGAGUGUGAAUGUGCCCAUGCCGUUCGCGGCGCCGCCCCCUUCAGCGUAGGCGCGCCCACGCGGCGAUGCUCUCGCCAUGUCCAGGACAGGGUGCUGUUCAUGUGAGAGUGGCGCCAGGUCACUCCGUGGACACGACGCACAUUUUAUUUCAUGCAUAUACGAUGUAUCAGCAAUUCUUGCCUUUUUUCUAAGACUCCGUACUAUAUACUGGUACUAUUUGACUGUUGAGGGCCGGUUUUGUCCCACUCUGUAUUUCUUGAUCUUCUUAAAUAUACAUUACUAUUUACGCUUUA